AUGAAGGAGGAUCAACUUAUUCAGGAAGAAUCGGGAUUCCAAGAUGAGGAGGAAUCUUUGUUUCAAGACAUUGAUCUGUUACAGAAACAUGGGAUUAACAUGGCUGAUAUUAAGAAACUGAAGUCUGUGGGAAUCUGUACCAUUAAAGGGAUACAAAUGACAACAAGAAGAGCCCUCUGCAAUGUCAAAGGGCUCUCAGAAGCCAAAGUGGAAAAGAUUAAAGAGGCAGCCAACAAACUAAUUGAACCAGGAUUCCUAACUGCAUUUGAGUACAGCGAAAAAAGGAAAAUGGUUUUCCAUAUCACCACGGGGAGUCAGGAAUUUGAUAAAUUGCUAGGCGGUGGCAUUGAAAGUAUGGCAAUUACAGAAUGUUUUGGAGAAUUUCGUACUGGGAAAACUCAGCUGUCUCACACCCUCUGUGUGACAGCUCAACUUCCAGGAGCAGGCGGCUACUCAGGAGGAAAGAUUAUCUUCAUUGAUACAGAAAAUACUUUUCGUCCAGACCGCCUUCGUGACAUUGCUGAUCGCUUCAACGUAGACCACGAUGCAGUACUGGACAAUGUGCUCUAUGCGCGUGCCUAUACUAGUGAACAUCAGAUGGAGCUACUUGAUUAUGUAGCAGCCAAGUUUCAUGAAGAAGCUGGUAUUUUCAAACUAUUGAUCAUUGACUCGAUAAUGGCACUUUUUCGAGUAGAUUUCAGUGGCCGUGGGGAAUUGGCUGAACGCCAGCAAAAAUUAGCCCAGAUGUUGUCACGACUCCAAAAAAUCUCAGAAGAAUAUAAUGUUGCUGUUUUUGUAACCAAUCAAAUGACCGCGGAUCCCGGAGCAACUAUGACCUUCCAGGCAGAUCCUAAAAAGCCAAUUGGCGGACAUAUUCUGGCUCAUGCUUCAACAACAAGAAUAAGCUUGAGAAAGGGAAGAGGAGAACUGAGGAUUGCCAAGAUUUAUGACAGCCCUGAGAUGCCUGAAAAUGAAGCCACCUUCGCAAUAACUGCUGGAGGAAUCGGGGAUGCCAAGGAGUAG